UUCGACAUCCCCUUCACUAUUUCAAAACCUAGGGUUUCCUCCGACACCCCCACCUCUCUCUCUCCCCCUUUUUCCCUCUCGAUCGAAAUCGUCGUCUCCCGGAGAAUCGAGGGAUGCAAUUUUGGCGAUUUCAUUGCCGUUUAGAUUAGGGCUUCGAUUUAUUACUCUAAUCAGAGCUUAAAGACUGCAGCUUUUGAGUCCCAAACUUGGUUGAUCUAUCGACGCAAACGGAAAACCAAAAAAUCAUGGAUAAGGGAAUCGAUUCGAGCCUCUUUGUAAACGAUGGCUCCUUCAUGGAGAAGUUUAAGCAACUCCAAGAAAAGCAACAGAGAGCCGUUUCGGAGGAACCCAAAUCCUCUUCUUCGGCUGCCACUUUGGUCCCUUUGAAGACUUCUGUGAUGGCCGCUAAGAGGCCUUUGGAUGUAAAGGAUGCGAAGAAGAGUAGCCCAUUACCCGCAUCGGCUGGGAAGCUCGCUUUCAGCUUGAAGCAGAAGUCGAAGGUCGCGGUGGCGCCUGUUAAGUUUAAUGCAGAUGAGGAGGAGGAGGAAGGGAGGGAAAGGGAGAUAGGCUUUGGCGAGGAGGCCACGAAGAGGCAGAAGUUGGGUCAGGUGGAUGUUCAUGAGCCGUCGGUACAGAAGGGUGACGUUGCACCGCCGGCACCAAGUGAUGAGACAGUGAGGAAGGUUGCCGACAAAUUAGCAAGUUUUGUUGCCAAAUAUGGGAGAAAUUUUGAGCAUGUCACGCGUCAAAAGAACCCUGGAGACACCCCAUUCAAGUUUUUAUUUGAUAAAAAUUGUGCCGACUAUACGUACUAUGAGUACCGGCUUCUUGAAGAGGAAAAGCUCAUUGCUCAAUCCAAGGAAUCUCAGAAUCCGACAUCACAUAUUGCCAAUACUAGCACUUCAACAUCUAAAGCACCAAGUUCCUCUCAUAGAAGCAGCCUUCAACAAGCUUCUAAUUACCAAACUCCUGCUUCGGCUUUAUAUGGGACAUAUGAAGAGUCCUCGUACUCAGGGGGAGCGUCCAAUCAAGGUGAUUCUAGUGGAUCUUCAGCUUCAGAUCCUAUUGCAAUGAUGGAGUUCUACAUGAAAAAAGCCGCGCAGGAAGAGCGUAGGAGGCAACCCAGGCAGUCGAAAGAUGAGAUGCCGCCGCCUCCUUGCCUUCAAGGUCCUCCUAAGAAGGGUCACCACAUGGGCGACUUCAUCCCGCCAGAAGAGCUCGAGAAGUUCAUGUCUAAUUGCAAUGAUGCUGCCGCGCAGAAAGCUGCUAAGGAAGCUGGUGAAAGGGCUAGAAUCCAGGCCGACAAUAUCGGGCACAAGCUUUUGUCUAAAAUGGGCUGGAAAGAAGGCGAGGGGCUCGGCAGCGACAAGAGCGGCCGGGCCGACCCCGUCGCGGCCGGCAAUGUGAAGUUGAACAAUUUGGGUGUCGGAGCGCAGCAGCCCGGCGAGGUCACUGCCGAGGACGAUAUUUAUGAGCAGUACAAGAAGCGAAUGAUGCUCGGUUACCGUUAUCGGCCGAAUCCACUGAACAACCCGCGAAAGGCGUAUUACUGAUGAAAAGGGACUUCGACCGAGGACAUUAUUUCUCGAAGCGCCGAAAACUUUGAUGUACGUUGAAAUAUGGUGAUUACAUGUGCUUGCUUUGCGAAUUUUUCUAGGGAAAAAAUCGACUCAGUUUAAGCUUAUGAUUAUGAUGAUGUUUUUGUUUCUUAUCAACACUUGGAUGUCAAAUCCUUCGAAGCUUUGCGUCGAGAUUAUCGCGCUUUUUAAUCCCAAUCAAUGUUCCAAUUGAUUCUUAAGUUUGUGAGAUUUGAUCAUUGGUUUCAA